AUGGAAGAUACCCCAUCGACAUCCAUUCCGAAACCCAGCCGUCGAAGUCUACGCAAAAACCUUCUUCGAAUUGUGCGUGUAGACAACGAGGAGCAAUCUGUGGGUAAAGACAAAGUGGAAAAGAAGACCGAGAAAAGCAAAAAACGAAAGAAGGCAAACAAAGUAGUUUUGGGUAAGCGCUACUUGACUUUUGAAAUCAGAUCAUCGAAAUCACUGACUUCAUAUCUUCAAGAACACACCAAUGAUCCAGCGACCGAUGGCCCAAUAAUCGAUACAUUGACUGGACAGGCUGAUGUGCCUGUUGGAAGUUCGACCUCUCGUGAAAAAUUACUCGACUUACUAAGCCGGCGUUUCAACCCCAAAAAACCUCGCCUGUCGAUGUCAAACGAUAAAAAAACUAGUCGCCGGCAAACUGCGCCAAAGAGCACGGAAAAGAAGACUGAUACCCCUUCCUCCCAAAUGACUGCACACCCUCAAUCACAAUUCGACCAUCUGAAAAAUUUCGAACUAAAUUACUCAGGCUUACCUGAUUCUCAACUUGUCGGAAUGCUCCACAACAUUGGCCUGGAUACAAGGGGGAUGAAUACAGAGCAGCUUAUCAACAGCUGCAAAGUACAUCAAGACUUACUCGAAUUACCGGAAUUCUAUGUAUCAGAGCAUCGAUCCAGUUCCAUGGAACAACAUCACAUGAUGUUACCGGGACCCUCUGCAUCAGACCCACAAUCUGCUCCUUUCGAAACGCUACAUAGGCACGAGAUGGAGGAUUCCGCCGCAUUGGCUGAUGUACUUCCCAGCCACCCUCAACUAAAUUGCCCUCUACAACAGUUGGAAGAUCAAGCCGUUCCAGCAAGAUCUUCCAAAGGGAAGGAGAAGGAAGUAUAUGAUCGAGAGGACGCCGGAAUUUUUGAAGAUGACGACACACCUUUUCAAGCCUUGGACCAUCAAAACACAUCGACGUGGACCCCUCACCCUAAUUUCACAACCGAAGAUCCUGGAGCAUGGGGUACUGAAGGUCAAAACAUACCCACUGGUGAUAGUGAGCCGAUAAAUUUAGCUUCGUUGACAAGUAUCAUCACACAGCAAACUAUCACAAUCGCACAGCUCAAUUCAGCUUUGGAAGAAACAAACAAGAGAGUUAAAGAUCUUGAAGAUGAAGUACACCGAUUAUCUUCUGUUGUUCAGAAGUUGCUCAGCGAGCGUGGGACAGAUCCCUCAGAAACAUCAACCUGUGGUGGGAGGAUAGCAGCUCGUAUGCGCUUCCACAUCGAAACACUUCUAGGCCAGAAAAGUGGCGAGAAGAUCUUACCAAAGGCUGCCAGCGCGGAAGAUAAGAAAGCUUGGAUGUCUCAGCAAGCAAUCGACGAGUUCGAAUUCUACGAUGUUCAUUUAUCUCCUUCUGACAGGUUUUCUCAAGAGAAAUGGGACAAUGCACGUAAAUUAAAGGCUGCAAAUGAAGUCAGGCGCACUUCAAGACUGAGACAUUUGAAAACCUUGCGGGAUCGUGUUGUUCUUGCGGAGAAAACCUUGUGGCCACUUGCCAAUAUAAUCCAACAUGUUUGUAGCGACGACGAGACCGACAACGAAAGUGAGGGACCACCGUCCCAAAGCCCAUUGAUGGUGCGAAGACUCGAGUGGCGCAGCGCCGAGCUACAACUGCAUUCCGGGUUUCUCGCCUGGCCAAAGGGGCCGCCGCCCUCGAAGACGCAUUCGAAGGGAAGAUGGGCCUAUGAGUAG